UCAUUUCUAACAGAUCAAUCAUGGACAAAAUGUAUGCCUGCACAAUUUGCUAUGAAUUUUACAAUGGCUGUAAUAGAAAACCCCUCUCACUUCCUUGUGGGCAUGUUUAUUGCCAUCCUUGCCUAAGUAAAAUUGUUGAAAAGAGUCCCCGCAUUUGCCCAUCCUGCAGAAAGUUUUGGGCAGAAGAAAUUAAGGAUUUGCGUGUUAUAUAUAUGCUUAUUAAUGGUGAGCAAGAACCUGGCCUCAGUUCACAGGAAGCUGGUGAGCAGGAAUCUGGCCUCAGUUCACAGGAAGCUGGUGAGCAGGAAUCUGGCCUCAGUUCACAGGAAGCUGGUGAGCAGGAAUCUGGCCUCAGUUCACAGGAAGCUGGUGAGCAGGAAUCUGGCCUCAGUUCACAGGAAGCUGGUGAGCAGGAAUCUGGCCUCAGUUCACAGGAAGCUGGUGAGCAGGAAUCUGGCCUCAGUUCACAGGAAGCUGGUGAGCAGGAAUCUGGCCUCAGUUCACAGGAAGCUGGUGAGCAGGAAUCUGGCCUCAGUUCACAGGAAGCUGGUGAGCAGGAAUCUGGCCUCAGUUCACAGGAAGCUGGUGAGCAGGAAUCUGGCCUCAGUUCACAGGAAGCUGGUGAGCAGGAAUCUGGCCUCAGUUCACAGGAAGCUGGUGAGCAGGAAUCUGGCCUCAGUUCACAGGAAGCUGGUGAGCAGGAAUCUGGCCUCAGUUCACAGGAAGCUGGUGAGCAGGAAUCUGGCCUCAGUUCACAGGAAGCUGGUGAGCAGGAAUCUGGCCUCAGUUCACAGGAAGCUGGUGAGCAGGAAUCUGGCCUCAGUUCACAGGAAGCUGGUGAGCAGGAAUCUGGCCUCAGUUCACAGGAAGCUGGUGAGCAGGAAUCUGGCCUCAGUUCACAGGAAGCUGGUGAGCAGGAAUUUAACUUCACUAUCCAGGAAUUUGAUGAUCAGGAACUUUAUGACACUGAAGAAGACCCUUGGCAGAUAAAGGGUGAAAAUGAAGCACAGGAAGCCCUUGCAGACCUAGAGAUCCACAACAGCCCUUCAUUUAUUGCUGGUAGAGUAGCUACUGUGACGUCCUCUACUGAAAUGCCAAUUCUGUGUUUAUCAACCUUGCUGAUUAAGCUGGCUGAGGCAGGCUUUACAAUGUACCUGAACCUUGAUGACUCCUUCUUUUCGAGAGAACUGCCUCCAAUGGACUGUGAACGACUUGACCCUUUCCUCCAAGCGGGUCAUGGACAUAAACUAGUAGGCUUCUACGGCCACGUUUCAGCUGCAACACUGCAGAAAAUGACGGGACUGAUAGUCCUCUGCCUGCGACUGGAGACGGCUGCAGAUGUGGAGGCUCACUACUGGAGGGAAGAGUUGACAGACGUCGCUGUGAGCAGGAAUCUCAAGCCCGAGGACAUCCAGCACCGCCCUGUGUCUUGUGACCAAAUUCAGUGCGUGGAGCUGGAGGACAGCGAGGUGCCGUGGCUGAUGGCGCUGGCUGUCAAGUUGUUUGCUUUGGAGCCACCGUAUUGGCGCAGUGAAAAGGUCGUCACCUUGCGGUCGUGUCGCCUCACGCAGCCAGGCCUGGCCCAGCUACUCGACGUUGGCAUCGACGUAUUGAUCGUCGACUCCAGCGAGCUGCCGCUUGCUGCCAUGCAGCAGCUGCAUGCGCUUGCCGUCCAAAAGAACGUGGAACUGAAAUUCUUAACUUUUAAUUGAAGUUGAUUUUGAUUAACGAAUCAGGAAUCAGGAUGUUUUAAUUCCUGACAUCCUGAAUCACGCCGUGAUUUCUUCUCUAUUUCGUUAGUUUCCAUCUUCGCUAUUUAACAGCAUCUAUCACACUAAUUUGAAUAGAAGCAACUAAAAAUAUUUUGUUUGUGCCAAAGGUUUUCGUCCUCUUGAUAUUCUUUUACCUCUCAACUUUAUUCACACGAGAGAUUUUUUUUCUCUUGGUCUCAUCAUGCGUACCAACUUAUUUUUUUGUUUUUAGAUACUUUACAAAUUCACGAAUGCACCAGUAAAAUGCUAUUGAUACGACUAAUAUUUAAAUGAUAAGCGUGGGAUAGAUGUGCUCAAUAUUGAAACAUGCGAUCGGAAUCGAGUACGGGAUUAUAUUAAAAAAAAACAUCCUGACUGGGCAUUCAUUCAGCCGCCUCACGUGGCUUUUUCAUUUUAUUUCAGUUUGGCCUGGAGAAAAUUUGUGUUCAUUUUGGUACGAAAAUUGUUGGUGAUAAACAUUUUGGAGCCGAGGAACUAGGAUUGAUCUGUUUUUUUUUUUUUUUUUUUUGUGAUAUCGAUGAGAUUUAAAUCAAGCUUAGAUUAUACGCGCAUUAUUCCGUUCGAGCAUCUUGUGUUUGCGUUAUUUCUGGAUGUAUUUUUUUAUUUUCAUGUUAAUCUGAGAUUGUGUGGGUUUCUAUGCAAAAAUGUUUGCUAAAUCCUCGUAUAAUUGUACCAGGAGUUUGCUAUGAUCUAUAAAUGGGCUACGUUAUAUGAGCUCUUUACGUUUGCAGCAGAACAAUAGAGAAUAAGUUAAUUGUUUUCUGUGCCAAAGAUAAGAUUAUUUUAAACUAUGGUGUUAUUAUAAUAUCAAGGCUUGAAAGUACUCGAACAAGUUACACGCAUGACCAUGCGUUACUCUGCGAGGGAUGGAUAUGUCCUGCUUCACGCAUGACUAGGUUUUUUCUGCAAGUGAUCUCUAUUCUAUUUUCUAUUCAGUAUGUUCAGUCUACUGUUCAGUAGCACUAUCAUCUUCACCGAUGUGGCCGCAGCGAUUACCGACCUGGUGCCUUACAAAGAAAGUUUAUCUGUUUCGUACCAGAUUCCAUAAAUCGUCCAGAGUUUCUCAAUUUUUUUCAAACGAACUGGCAGAUGAAUUUCUUGAAAAUGGAAAAGGCAUUAGUUGAGGUUAAAAAACAAGUCUUAUGACAUUCAACGUUCAUUCGUUUUCUAUUCAUGUUCAUUGACAUGGAUAUAUUCUUUAUAAUAAAUAUGAUUACAAC